UUUAAUUAACUCACUACAAUUUCUUCCUUUCGUCUUUUUUCCAGGUCGUUAUGUACGAGUUUUAUUCUUCUCAACAAAUAUCUACUACCCCUCGCAGUUUUCUUCUUUUAAGUCAUUCCCUCUUUUAUGGAGCACUAGUCAAUCCACUGUGUUUUGUUUUGUCUAUUUCCAAGUACUUGAAGGGGAAUGAAUCCUCACCAUCAUGCUUCUCCCUGUUUGCAUUGCCACCCGCACAGCUAUAUUAGAAUGGUUCAUAGCCUAAUAGAGAGGUGUUUGAUGCUUCACAUGGACCGGGAUCAAUGCAUUAAGGCGCUAGCUAAGCAUGCAAGAAUUCAGCCCCAGAUAACCCUAACAGGAAACUGGGAUGUGCUUUGCAGUGUGGAGAGAACUAAUGAAGGAGAACAAGGAAUUCUUUCGAGCAUAUUUAUAUGCCAUAUCUCCAAGACCCUUGAUAAAUGGAGGUGUUCACAAGAUUCCGAGGUUUGGAAGAAGGAAACUAUGGAAGUAAAUAGAUGAUCGCUUGAAGAAAUUUAUAAAAGAGAUAAUUCAAUAUCUAUGACUACAUGAUACUAUGCAUCUAUGGGUCAUCAGUUUGACCGUUUUCGCCGCCCCAAAAGUAUACAGCUAGGGCUCUUAUUGUCUAGCUAAUAGUCAAAUCAUUUCCUUGUUGCUUACUAUCAGUUUAUAUAUAAGACAGCAUAUUUUCUUAAUCUCUCUGUCUCUCCGGAAUUUUAGAUAAAUUCUGAGUGAAUUUCGU